UAAGCUGAGAUACCAACGGAAUCACGGAGAAUGUGGCUCAGUUGGCCAGCGAAGGUUUACGGAAAAUGUCGAGUGCAUCGCUGAUCGUGUUCUGCUUCUUGGCGCUCCUGUUGGGACAGACUCUUGGCCAAGAUCCAGCUAUAAACUAUUCCCUUCAAUGGGCCAAGGAUACGGGCAUAAAUAUACGGAUGAUUAUUGAGGAGAAGCUUCCAAAUACUGCUUCGGCCCAGGCUGAGGGCAGGGAAGUGGCGGACACGUUCGACCUGGGAUUGACUCACUGCAAUGCCGAGCUGUUAGCCAGCCGGAAUGUUGCCCAACACAAGGUCUGCGUCAAUGCUUUGGCAGCAGGUGCUUACGCCUCGUUGGAUCGCGUGGCUGGACAGCAAUGGGCCAUCUAUGGCGCCAGCUCUGGGGCAUCGCGUAUCGGUUUGUUCUGGUAACAUUAAUCCAGAAGAUUUUCAAUAAAGAUC